AUGGCGUGUGCGUUGAAGAAGACCACCGGCCUGGUGAGAUUGACAGUGUGCGACACUCCACACGAGAGGCUAACAAUAUUGUAUACAAAGAUUCUUGAUAUUCUGAAGCAGUUCCCUAAACAUGCAGCCUGUAGAAAAUACACAGAGCAGAUCACCAAUGAGAAGCUGGAUAUGGUCAAGGCAGAUGUUAAAAAAUUAGAAAACUUGCUUCAGGAUGGUGAAGUAGAAGAGGUGAUUCUUCAGGCUGAAAAUGAACUAAGUCUGGCAAGGAAGAUGUUGCAGUGGAAGCCAUGGGAGCCACUGGUGGAAGAGCCUCCUGCCAACCAGUGGAAGUGGCCAAUAUGAUUACAGUGUCUGAUGGUUGAUGCCAAUUAAAUGUGCAAUUAAA